AUGCCGACCUGUUCCGAUCUGGAAGUCUUGGUGAGCGCUUCGCCUUCUGGCUGGUUCCGGCCGCAGCCCAGGCGGACAGCCGGCGUGUCCUUUCUGAACUUGGGCGGGUUGGCGAAUGCCGCAACAUCAGCUGCUGGGGCACUGGGUGGCGCAGUUGGUGGGAUGGCGGGCGCGGGUCAAAGCAAACUUCUGCCGGAGCCUAAGGCAGAAACUCCACGAGAGCGUUUCAAGCUCAUGCUGGAGGUGAAGCGGACAGGCUAUCCUGAUGACCAUUCGCCACAGCCAGACGCUGGUAGCCCCGGCCAGCUUGGCUUCGCAGCGCUGCACUGGUCCAGACACCAGGUUGCCAAUGCCCUCCGUGCCAUGGAGAGCAUGCGCUUCGUGGAGCAGCAAGCUCUCGUGGCCAAAGGAAUUGCCGACAAAGCUGCGGCACAACUUACCUAUUUGAUGGAAUCACCCUGCCUCAGAGGGGUGACGCAACCCGCAGAAGCGGCCAGCCUCCCCAACGAGAAGGAGGAAGAGCUCCUAGCCAACUCCAACACGCAACUGCGCGUUUCGCUCUGCCCAAUGGUAUGGCAUGGCCUUCCGACGUGCAACAG